AUGUUCUCGGAUACACUGAAGGCCACCACUGAACUAACCGUUCCGAAAGCCGACGAGGUGAAGGUCAGGUCAGGACAGGAAGGUGAUGAGCUGCUGGGACUGCUCGACGGACUGCCACUGGCGCAGGCUGCCGCGUACAUGAACGAGACGGGCACGAGCUUCAGCACCUACACGCGGGUGUACAAAGAGCAGUGGCGAGGGCUGAUGGAGCUACACGACGGCAAGCACAUGCCGCUACGGAGCUACGUGAACGGCAGCGUGGCGAUGAUUUGGAUGAAGAGCCUAUUGUAUGGACUACUUGCCGCUGGACCGCAGAAGUCGGCCGUAACUGCCGAGCAGAUAUUAGCAUGGCUUGGGGAUUCUCACGAUGUUCCGCGUCCUGUGUGUGAUCUCUGA